AUCGCCAGAGGACCAUUUGCUUCUUUGGAGCUUAGGCUCCGUCGAACAGCUCCUCCGAUCAUAUGCAACUCCGAACGCGGAGAGUGGAUCUACAUAUCGUGUCGGUGAAAGGACUGCUCCGAUUCCCUGAGGCUUCUGUCGAAUAACGAAUUAAACAGGAUAAUCUGGUCAAGAGGGCUUUUGCAGUUCUCUGUUUUGAAAUAAGGAAGUAGGAAUUAAGGCUUAAAGGUUUGGAGUAAGGCAAAGUAUAGAGCUCCUAAAGCCCAGAGGGUUCAAUACAUAGAAUCCAAAUUUGCUCCAGGUUUUAACCAGCAGGUGCGGAGGUCGACCUUUGAGCGAUUGCUGGCAAGAGGAAUUUUAGGAGUUUAGGCUCUGUGUACAAAGACGGGAAUUUAAGCUAGCUGCCAAGAUGUAUGGAGGCGAAGAAGAGGAUUAUGAGAAAGAGGAGGAGGAAGAAAUUACACAGGAGGAUGCUUGGGCCGUGAUUAGUGCUUACUUUGAAGAAAAAGGAUUGGUCCGACAGCAGCUGGCCUCUUUCGAUGAAUUCAUUCAGAACACUAUGCAGGAGAUUGUCGAUGAAUCGGCUGACAUUGAAAUUCGCCCUGAGUCACAGCAUAAUCCCGGUCGGGCAACUGAGUAUAGUGAGACAACGUACAAGAUCAAUUUCGGGCAGAUUUAUCUCAGCAAGCCUAUGAUGACUGAAUCUGAUGGUGAGACAGCAACGCUGUUCCCGAAGGCUGCGCGUUUGAGGAACCUUACAUAUUCUGCGCCCCUCUACGUUGAUAUCACCAAGCACGUCGUGAGGAAGGGCGAUGACGGUGAUGAAGAUGGCGAUCGAGAAGACCUGCCUAAAGUUUUCAUUGGCAAAGUGCCCAUUAUGUUGCGAUCAAACUACUGUACCUUGUUCCAAAACUCGGACAAAGAUUUGACUGAGCUUGGAGAGUGCCCCUAUGAUCAAGGUGGUUACUUUAUCAUCAAUGGCAGUGAGAAAGUGUUAAUCGCGCAAGAGAAAAUGAGUACCAACCACGUCUAUGUGUUCAAGAAGCGACAACCCAACAAGUAUGCAUACGUUGGUGAAGUGCGGUCCAUGGCGGAAACUCAAAACAGACCUGCGAGCAGUAUGUUUGUGAGAAUGCUUUCAAGGGCGGGAGCCAAGGGGGGUUCAUCAGGACAGUACAUACGUGCGACCUUGCCUUAUAUCAGAACUGAAAUUCCAAUUAUUGUGGUCUUCCGUGCCCUGGGUUUUGUCGCCGAUAAAGAUAUUCUCGAACACAUAUGUUAUGACUUCAGUGACACUGCUAUGAUGGAGUUGCUCCGACCAUCUCUUGAAGAGGCUUUUGUUAUCCAGAACCAGCAGGUGGCUCUGGAUUACAUUGGUAAGCGAGGCUCAACCGUCGGUGUCACAAGGGAAAAACGUAUCAAGUAUGCGAAGGAGAUUUUACAGAAGGAAAUGCUUCCUCAUGUUGGCGUAGGUGAAUUCUGUGAGACCAAGAAAGCUUACUUUUUCGGAUACAUCAUCCAUCGUCUUUUACUAUGUGCUUUGGGAAGGCGAGCGGAGGACGACCGUGAUCAUUAUGGAAACAAGCGAUUGGAUCUUGCAGGCCCUCUUCUCGGAGGGUUGUUCCGCAUGCUUUUCAGGAAAUUGACCAAGGAUGUCCGUGGUUACCUGCAAAAGUGCGUGGACAACGGGAAAGAAAUCAAUCUUGCCUACGCAGUGAAAGCCAAAACCAUUACUAGUGGGUUGAAAUACUCUCUCGCCACUGGAAACUGGGGUCAGGCAAACACAGCUGGUGUUCGAGCUGGUGUGUCUCAGGUGCUGAAUCGAUUGACAUAUGCUUCAACCUUGUCACAUUUGCGAAGGUUGAAUUCUCCAAUUGGUCGUGAAGGAAAGCUUGCAAAGCCUCGACAGUUGCACAAUUCACAUUGGGGAAUGAUGUGUCCUGCAGAAACCCCAGAAGGACAGGCGUGUGGACUCGUGAAAAAUUUGGCUUUGAUGGCCCACAUUACUGUCGGGUCAGCAGCAAAUCCAAUCUUGGAGUUCUUGGAGGAGUGGAGUACAGAAAAUUUUGAGGAAAUAUCGCCAGCCGUUAUCCCGCAAUCAACGAAGAUUUUUGUCAAUGGUUGUUGGGUUGGAAUUCAUCGUGACCCCGAGUUACUUGUUCGCACACUCCGCCAGCUCCGCCGGCAGGUUGACGUUAAUCCUGAAGUCGGAGUGGUUCGAGAUAUUCGCCUGAAGGAGUUGCGACUGUAUACAGAUUAUGGAAGAUGCAGCAGACCGUUGUUUAUCGUCGAGAAACAGCGUCUGCUAAUCAAGAAGUCUGAUGUCCGAGCCCUUCAACUGAAGGAGGCAUCUGAAAGUGGUUGGCACGAACUGGUCGCUAAAGGUUUUAUUGAGUACGUCGAUACUGAAGAAGAGGAAACCACCAUGAUUUCCAUGACCAUAUCGGAUUUGGUGAAUGCAAGAAACAACCCGGAAGAAGCGUAUUCCAAAACAUACACUCAUUGUGAAAUUCAUCCAUCUAUGAUUCUUGGAGUUUGUGGUUCCAUCAUCCCCUUCCCUGAUCAUAAUCAGUCGCCACGUAAUACUUACCAGUCGGCUAUGGGAAAGCAAGCGAUGGGAAUUUACGUUACAAAUUACCAACUUCGCAUGGAUACUUUAGCGUACGUUCUCUAUUAUCCUCAGAAGCCUUUGGUCACCACACAGGCUAUGGCUCAUCUUCAUUUCAGACAAUUGCCCGCCGGAAUUAACGCUAUUGUUGCCAUUGCAUGUUAUUCUGGUUACAAUCAAGAGGAUUCAGUCAUUAUGAAUCAGUCUUCAAUCGAUCGUGGUUUCUUCCGUUCUAUUUUCUAUCGAUCUUAUCGGGAUGAGGAGAAGAAACAAGGAACUUUAGUGAAGGAGGAGUUUGAACGGCCGAAUCGAGAAAAUACAACGGGAAUGAGACAUGGAUCAUACGAUAAACUCGAUGACGACGGUCUCGCACCCCCCGGCACAAGGGUGUCAGGUGAGGACGUCAUUAUCGGAAAGACGACACCAUUGCCGCAGGAUGAAACUGGUAGUCAAGCCCAACGGUACACCAAGAGGGAUCAGAGCACAUGUUUAAGGCAUAGUGAAAGUGGAAUGAUAGAUCAGGUGCUUCUGACAACGAAUGCGGAUGGUCUGCGAUUUGUCAAAAUCAGGGUUCGUUCCAUUCGUAUCCCUCAGAUUGGAGACAAGUUCAGCAGUCGGCAUGGGCAAAAGGGUACUGUGGGUAUGACGUACACCCAGGAGGACAUGCCUUGGACUCAAGAGGGUAUCACUCCUGACAUUAUUGUGAAUCCCCACGCUAUUCCGUCUCGAAUGACCAUUGGUCAGCUCAUUGAGUGUAUCAUGGGCAAAGUCGCAGCCCACAUGGGGAAGGAAGGAGAUGCUACUCCUUUCACCGAUGUCACUGUGGAUAACAUCAGUAAAGCGCUGCACAAGUGUGGGUAUCAAAUGAGAGGUUUUGAGGUCAUGUACAACGGGCAUACAGGUCGGAGAUUGUAUGCUCACAUAUUUUUGGGACCAACCUACUACCAGCGUUUGAAGCAUAUGGUGGAUGAUAAAAUUCAUUCACGUGGUAGAGGACCUGUGCAAAUUCUUACACGGCAACCUGCUGAGGGUCGUUCUCGUGAUGGAGGUCUUCGAUUUGGAGAGAUGGAGCGAGAUUGUAUGAUUGCCCAUGGAGCUGCGCAUUUCUUGAAAGAGCGUCUCUUCGAUCAGAGUGAUGCCUACCGGGUGCACGUGUGUGAGAUAUGUGGUCUUGUGGCCAUCGCCAAUCUGAAAAAGAACACCUACGAGUGUCGCGGCUGUAAGAACAAGACUGAGAUUGUACAGGUACAUAUACCCUAUGCAUGCAAGCUACUGUUCCAGGAACUUAUGUCCAUGGCAAUUGCUCCAAGGAUGUUCACCAAAGAGGAAAAGAAGAAGGUCGUUCACAAGAAGGUACCUUAGCUUGCGUAGAACCUGCCCUUUUGUAAAUUGUAAGCAGCUAGAUCUGGCAAAUUUUGCAACCUACAUCCGAGGACGUCAUUACAGAAUCCAGUUUUUACGAAGCGUACGAAUAGACACGUGUAUAUUAAUCUUGGCUCUUCGCCCAACAAUUGAAAAGUUUGUAGCUGCUCAAAAUCUCUAGUUGAUAAGCGCCAAGACUGCCGAAGGAAUUGUGCAUGUUGCACUGCGGUAGUAUUCGUUAUGAUUUGCUCAUGGAACAGUUUGUAUAUAUGAAAUUAAUUUGGACAGGCGCUUAUCAGAGAAUCAUUAGUGAACGGCUUUAAGCUAUUAUUAGCAGAUCGAGUUUUGUAAUCACUACCGGGUCUGUAGACCUGAUGGCCAGAUACUGUACACGGAAAUGUACGACUGAAACCAACAAAGUUGGUAUUAAUGAGAUAUGAGAAAAUACCACUGGUACGAUUAUUUGUCGGUACCUAUCAAACUGAAAUUUAACAAAAUGAAGAGCAUGAUUACCC